AUGGAAGGCGUUGCAUGGAUCACUGUUUGUCAAUUUGAUCGUUGGGUUGAAGACGGUUUUGUUCUAGAUUGGAUCAUUGAUAAUUAUACGAACCGACCAACUGGUAAUUCAUCUUCUUGGCUUUCCUACUACACUAAUGCAACUGGGACCAGUAUGCCGGUGAUAAACAAAGAUUUAGUUUCAACAGAUCUUUACUGCCAUUUGCCAACACAUACAUAUUUUGAUAUUAGCAACUUUCUCGAUUUUCUUCACGAGUAUCACAUUGAAUGUAAAAUUUUUCGCGAAGAUUGGAGAUAUAUCUUAUUAUUAGAUGAAAAUGGUACAAUUAGUUCUUUUACAAUGGAUCUUGUAGAACCAAAUGUUGCUUUGAUGCAUGAUCGUAUUGAUUUUGAUGUUAGUGAUUUGUCAUUAGAAAAAGAUUGUAUGAAAGAGUUAGGGAUCAGAGUUGAUAUUCAACAUAAAUCCUAUUUGAUUGAACUAGAAACCAUUGUGGACCAUAUCAAGAAGAAACGUUUUCAAGUGUUAUGUCCUGUUGAUGAUGUAACGCAGCAACGUAUUGACAAGAUGCAAGCUCGAGGUUGGGUAUAG